AUGGGCCAGUAUAACAUCACCAUCCUGCGGCGCUGGCGGGCGAGCAUGGAGCUACAAGUUAUCUGUGAGCUGACCAGCGCCAGCCGCUGCAUCCUUGGCUAUGCCAUGAAAUCUGAGCAUGACAGGGAGUCCCAGCGCCGCGUAGAAAGCAUCAUCGCCAACCUCACCUCCGGCAACAACGAAGGCAUGGGCAACCAGCAGGUGUACAAGGCAGCGCACGCGGCACUCCAGGGCAGAAUUACAUCGACUUUUGAAGCCUGCCACCUGCUCCUGGGCUUCCCGGUCGUCGAGUUCUCCAGGGACAACCAGUGGAUCCAAGUAGGAUCUCCCGCAUCGUGGACUUUAUCUGUUCCCAACUACGAGGAAGGCAUGGCCCUUGGGCAGCCCGAGGUCUACCGCAACAAGAGACUGAAGCAGGACGGGUACAUGCCCGAAGAAGAAGUGCCGGUGGAGGGCGGCCAGCCUAUCAAAUGUCGGUUCGGGGACAUGAUUUUCCUGGACUUCUGCGCGGCCUUCAAGUUCAUCGGGGUAGACUUCCCGCAGCCACGGAGACGGCCUGCCAUCGUUGCCUACCGCAACUUCAGCCCCGACCAGGAGCCUGAGGAGUUUUACUUUUCAAGGCUGCUGCUGUACUCGGUGUGGAGGGAGCCAGGCGAUUGGUUGCAGGAGGCGGAUGGUGGAAGUCACGCAGCAGCCUUCCGGCGCAUUGCCCAGGACGUGGACGGCCACCCCAACUUUCUGCAAUCUCGCUGCUUUCCUCGAAUGGAUGGGACUCUGGAAGCCGCGCGAAAGCUGCAGGCCGUGCAGGCGACCAUGUACAUGAAGGCUAAGAUCCAUCCAGCCUCCGGGACGGGCGGGAAGGAAUGCUUUGAGAUGCUGACCGUGGAGGACCCCAGCCCCGAAACACAGCACCAACGCCGAGCCAUGGAAUACAUCAUCCAGACGGUCCUGAACCGGCCCAGCACCAAGGAUGCCCACAACGCAGAGCGGCUGAACAUGCUUCUUCACGGGCCCGGUGGUUGCGGAAAGUCGGUGGUGGUUCGCGGAGCAGCACACAUGCUCCGACAGGGCGGAAUAGGAGCAAUCAUCGCAGCACCUACAGGAGUCGCAGCAUGGAACAUCAACGGCAUGCGAUGUAUCUCUACCGAGACGAGCGGCCCCUUGUUGGAGACCUUGCGCAGCAUCUGGAAUUUGGUGUCUGUCCUGUUCGUGGAUGAAAUGAGCUUCAUCUCCUCCUUCAUGCUGGAGCGGCUCGAUCAGCACCUCCGCCUGGCCCGCGACAUGCCCUGCGUUCCCUUCGGAGGACUCCAUGUCAUCUUUGCAGGGGACCUCUACCAGCUGCCGCCACCUGGAGGUCUACUGGCCUUUGCAAGUCAGCUAUGGCUACUCUUCCAGUUCUGCGAGCUUGAGGGGAACCAGCGCGCGGCAAAAGAUCCCGAAUGGGCAGCAAUUCUGGCAAGGAUUCGGGUUGGGAAGCGGACGGAGGAGGAUAUUCAGAGGCUGCGAGGCAUGAAGUCCAUCAGCAACAAGCAGCCCGCCCCCAAGGCAGUACAUCUCUAUCCCACGCGGAGAGCCGUGGCAGAAAGCAAUCGUUUAUACAUCGAAGAUCACAUCAAUAGGACUGGCGCGACGCUUUACGAAAGCCCUGCCUUGGAUAUCAACGUCAAGACGGGUGCCCCACUGACCCCGGAACUGGUUUGGGCCGACCCCGAGAACACAGGUGGCCUGGAGGCGUUAUUUCGAGAGGCCAUCGGCGCCCGGGUCAUGCUCCGACACAACCUCGAUAUCCAGGAUGGCCUGGUCAACGGCGCCUGUGGUUUCGUGGAGGACGCGGACGAGGACACGGGUGAGAUCGAGCGGAUUUGGGUGGAUUUCGAAAGGGACGCAGGCACCAAGUGGUAUGCAGAGAACGAGACUAGUUUCGUUGCAAUCACCCGCCGAUCAGCCACGUACCUGGACACAGAGGGCAGCAAGGCCUCGAGACUGCAGUUGCCCAUGGUGCUCGCGAAGGCCGCCACCAUUCACAAGAGCCAGGCGGCUAUCUUACAUGACGGAGCCCACUGCCGUCUGGAUGCCACUUGCAAAGAAGAGGGUCAAGCCUAUGUGGCUCUCAGCCGCUGCCCAUCACAGGCCCUGUGCACCUUGGAGUUCUUCAACCCAAAGUCGCUGCGGUUCAAUGCAAAUGCAGAAUGGGCACUGACCAAGCUGAAGGCCCAGCAGGCCGGACGAGAUGGCUCCCACCUAUGGCAACAACUCUUCCGUCCGGCCGCAAGCAAGGAGUACUACGAGGCACGGCUGGCCGAGAUCGGCAACCCAGACUGGUCGAAGCUGAAGAAGGACAAGGACGAGGAGCAGCAGGGCGAACGACCCUGGCACUGUUCCCGUUGCGGUGAGGAAGUCCCCAACACCCAGGCUGCCAUUAAGGCGCACAGGCGCAAGUGCCCGGCCAAGCCCAAAGCCAAAGCAAAGGGUAAGAGCAAAGCCAGCAACAAGGCCAACUCCGCAACCAAGCCAGCCGAUGUGCAACUGCGGAUUUGA